AGUGGGUGGGGACGGGCAGGCUGGCUGGCUGGCUGUCGGGCUGCGAUCUCCUUCCUGUUUGGCUCGGCUUCCUCCUGCGGCGGCGGGGAUGCCGCGCGGAAUGGCCAGGCGCCCGGGUCUCGCCAAGAGAUGAAAGGCAGCCAAGAGGAGAAGCCGGAGCCGGCCGCUUCUGCCGCCGCCGCCCCUUCCCCUCUGCUCCGGCUGCUUUCCGCCCUCUUCUACGGGAUCUGCUCCUUCUGCAUCGUCCUGGUCAACAAGGCGGUGCUGACGGCUUACAGAUUCCCAUCUCCAGUGUUCCUUGGAGUAGGACAGAUGGUAACCACUAUUCUGAUCUUAUAUGUGUCAAAACUGAAUAGAAUCAUUCACUUCCCCGAUUUUGAUAAGAGUAUUUCUAGGAAGCUGUUUCCACUUCCUCUGAUUUACGUCGGGAGUCACAUAAGUGGAUUAUCAAGUACAAGCAAGUUAAGUUUGCCAAUGUUUACAGUCCUUAGGAAGUUUACCAUUCCUCUUACAUUACUGCUGGAAGUGAUUGUUCUUGGGAAGCGCUAUUCACUGAGCAUCGUAAUUAGUGUCUUCGCAAUCAUCCUUGGAGCUUUCAUAGCAGCAGGAUCAGAUCUAGCUUUCAGCAUGGAAGGCUAUGCCUCUGUGUUGCUGAACGAUGUCUUCACAGCAGCAAACGGUGUUUACACAAAACAAAAAAUUGACCCCAAGGAGCUGGGAAAAUAUGGAGUCAUUUUUUAUAAUGCCUGUUUUAUGGUAAUUCCUACAGUUCUCAUAAGCUUCUUCAGUGGAGACUUCCAACAGGCCACCAACUUCAAGGAGUGGACAAAUGUUUUAUUUAUCUUUCAAUUUCUUCUUUCCUGUGUACUGGGGUUCCUUCUGAUGUAUUCUACAGUCCUCUGCAGCCAUUAUAAUUCUGCCCUCACAACCACAGUGGUUGGUGCUAUAAAGAAUGUGUCCAUCGCUUACAUUGGAAUGCUAAUUGGUGGAGACUAUAUCUUUUCCGUGCUGAACUUCAUAGGGCUCAAUAUCUGCAUGGCAGGAGGACUGAGAUACUCGUUUCUAACCAUACGGGGAAACGACAGUCCUAAGAUCUCCACAGAUGAAGAAAAAGCAUUGCCAGAUGCCAAGAGCUAGCAGAAACAAAAGGAAAGAGAAGCUGGGAGGAUGCAGGAUCCUGUGGAAGUUCAACGCAGAAGUGGCUGAGGAGUGGACGUUCUACCUCAUCUCGCGUUGCGGUCCAGGGCAUCCUUGUGAAACAAGGCAUGAUCUUGGAAAACAGUCAGCCGCAGGCAUGUUUGAUCAUUAUUUAUGUAGCAAGACUAAUUACAAUAGAUGGAUGGGUGGCAGGGUUUGGGAAUUUGCUCCUUCCACUGGAAAUCUUUGCACUGGGUCAAAUCCAGGGGUUUAUUCUGUCGAGGGUGUUGAAUCGCCUUUUCUCCCAGACUGCCUGUAGCUGUGGAUAGACUCCUUGCUUAAAUUUUUGAAAAGAAUUGACCAGAAGAUACAGACUGCAAAAUGUUGUUGUGCUAACAGCCACACAUGUGUGGACUUCGGUUAGGAACUCGACGGCACACAUCUGUCAUGCCCAUAUCUUAGCUGCCUCAGUUCAGAGCUUUAGAGAUCUGGGCUGCAUUGUACUGGUUGAAGGAUAGACUUAGACAUGGGUAGGCAAACUAAGGCCAGGGGCCAGAUCCAGCCUAAUCGCCUUCUAAAUCCAGCCCACGUACAGUCUGGGAAUCAGUGUGUUUUUACAUGAGUAGAAUGUGUCCUUUUAUUUAAAAUGCAUCUCUGGGUUAUUUGUGGGGCAUAGGAAUUUGUUCAUUAUUUUUUUCAAAACAUAGGCCCCCCACAAGGUCUGAGGGACAGUGGACCGGCCCCCUGUUGAAAAAGUUUGCUGACCCCUGGACUUAGAUAUUCCCUUGGUUCCCCCCAGCUCUAGGAUGCUGGAGACGAAAGGGCAAGAAAUAUGUCAUUUGCAAAGGCAACUCCAGUGCUAUCCAGAAACUAGCCAUUCGAUUGCAGAGAUUAAUGUGAUCUUGUGAAUGUGCCCCACCCGUUUUGUGGGAGCAUAGGUCUCCAGUAUGAUCUGCAACCUCCAGAUACAUUGGGCGGUCUGGGGAUUGAUUGCACUGAAUGAUCUUACUGGAUGCCAAAUAUGCCAUGCAGGACAUGGGCACAUCCGAUACCAAAUACAUUCUGUGCCUUAAGGAUGAACAGCAGGUUGGUGUUCACUGGCAUGGGCCCUAACUUCUCUGAAUGCAGUUCUGCUCAUGGAAUUGGGGUUUUCCCUCUCCCGCUUCCAGCUGAGCCUCUGGCAGCCCAUGAAGCUCAAGGAACCCUCUAGAAUGGCACAACACAAGCUUUGGGUCCAAGCCAGAGUGUUUUUAUUAAGGGCUUUCCUUCUUACUGUGCUGGUUCUGUUUGUUUAAUUCUCCCAGUGGGACAAUUGUCUUCAGCCAGAUCCAAACCUGACUCCAUCAUCUCUUGCUAUGCUGCCCUGGUCGGGCUGUUCCAGGUUAAUUGGGCUAAUUGGGUUAAUUGGGAGAAAGCCAAUGGAGGUUGAAGUAUUAGGCAAGCUGCAGUGCAGGGCAAAGUUCCUUAAAAUUCAUUUCUCAGACACUUUUCACCUUUAGAACAGGAACAUUUUAGAUGGGAGACAGAGGUACAAAACGUUCAUAGCUAGUGGCAUAAAAUAAUAACACAGGUACAGAGGUUGGCUGCUUGCCGUUUGCAGAACCUGAAUUGGCUGCUUAAUACCUCAGUUCAAAUCACUUGGCUUUUGCUUAAAUCUCCCUGGCAGGAGCUGGGACCCUCAGGCCAAGUAGAGUCAAAUGUGGCCCCUCCAGGUCUCUGUCUGACCCUCAGGAUUCUGCCCAGAACACCACCAGCAAAUGACACAAGUAGGGAGGAGAUUCUAAUAUUCCUUUACCAUUUAGAGAAAUUUGGGAGAAAUGUUCUUACUAUUUCAUUCAGCUACCUUUCCCCACCCAUAAAACCCCUAAACUGGGAGCUUUGAAUAGGUUGUAGUUUAAGGAAGCAAGAGGUACUAGAAUGGUUUUCAUUAAUAUAUCUGAGACAAUCAGGUUUUGGGUAUCUUUUGCUAGCCAGUCUGCAUGGUGCAAAUGCAUUGAAAGGAGAUGCUGUAAGUACUUCUGAUUAAGUACAUGAAUAUUGUGGCACAUAUGUUCUAGAGCUGGCAUGGGUAAACUUGGCCCUCCAGAUGUUUUGGGACUACAGCUCCUAUCAUCCCUAGCUAACAGGACCAGUGGUCAAGGAUGAUGGGAGUUGUACUCCCCAAACAUCUGGAGGGCUGAGUUUGCCUAUGCCUGUUCUAGAAAAAUGGAAAUAUCCAGAAAUUCAGGGAGAGGAACAUGGCGGAUUGAAUGUAUUUUGUUGGCAGGUUGCCAAAGGAGAUAAUUAUGUGGUGAUUGAUGAUAGUCAGACAUAAAUCUUGAAAUGGAACUAUCCCUAAAUAUGAAAGCACGCAACUAUCUUGUAAUAGGAUACCUUCCUGUAAGUCAUGAAAAUAGUAUCUGUUCUGUUUAUAACUUGUUCAUAUCUGUAAUUAAACUGUCAAUUCCCUCUAUGGCUUUUCUAUAAUAAUAAUAAUAAUAAUAAUAAUAAUAAUAAUAAUAAUAAUGAAAAGGAAUAAUAUUUACGUUAUGCUAUAUAUGAAUAUGAAAAGAAAAAUCUAAGAAGAAAUUUUUAAAAUUCAAUUUACUGUAUCAAUUAUAUAUCAUUCAUGUAACCAAUUCCACAUUUCACACAUUUUACAAUACAUAAAAUGGGAUCUGUGGCUUUGUGGCAGAGUAUGUGGUCUGUAUGAAGGAUGUUUCACUCAGCUAAAAAAGAAAAAAAAUGAAUGUAAGAGGGCUGGGAGGCCCUGAAGAAACUGCUGCUGGUCAAAAUAGUCAAUACUGAACUAUCAUAGAAUCAUAGAGUUUGAAGGGAUCCUUCAAUGCAGGUUUAUAAACUAAGCACCCAUGACAGCUAGCCAUCCAAUCUCGGCUUUAAAACCUUCAAGGAAGGAGAGUCCACCACUUCUCAAUGAAGUUUGUUCCACUGUCAAACAGCUCUUACUGCCAGAAAGUUCUUCCUGAUAUUUAGUUGGAAUCUCCUUCCUUGUAACUUGAAGGCAUUGGUUUGGGUCCUAGCCUCUGGAGCAAGAGAAAGCAAGCUUGCCCCAUCUUCCAUGUGAGAGCCCUUUAGAUACUUGAAGAUGGCUACCAUAUCUCCUCUCAGUCUCCUCUUUUCCAGGCUAAACAUGCCCAACUCUCUCAACUGUUUCUUGCAUACAAAAUAUCCUGUCUCAUGAAAAGUGGUUGGAGUCUAUGCCCUUUGGCUCCAGUCAGUUCUAUGAUGCUACUGUCAAAUAAAGGGGGGGAAAUGUCCUUUGCUGGUUGCAUAACCUACAAUGGCGCCAUGAGCAUCCGUUUCAGGUUUGGGGGCAUGUAUGGUUCCAUCGUCGCUACCUGGUGUAGUGAACUGUGUGAGGCUUGCACACUCUGAACGAGCAGAUCUGGUGCCCCAAAACUGCUGUGCCUGAAGGACAGGCUUAAGUGUUCAAUAUGUUUGCAUUGAGGAUUUCUCUCUUAUUGCCCCAACACUCCUUGUGUGAUUCUCCCAGUGGAGAUAUGAGUGAUAUGGGAUCCCUUCCCUACUUCCCUCCUGUCUGCUACUCUUGGACCCACUGAAGAGCCUCUCUGGUUAGGGCACUGUGGCGAUCACACACAGGGCCCCCGGACAUUUGACGGUCUAUUGACCCUGUGCCGCCACUGCGAUUGCUUUUUCCGCUGCCACCAACCCGUAUCUCACGGGGACACACGGAGUCCAGUCAGUUGUUAACAUAAACAAAUGAUCAAGUUUAUUUUUAAAUGCAGGAACAAGCUUAUGGUUUCAGUUAAUUUUUCUCUUGUCAGUUUCUUAUUCUUAGUUCCUACAACUCCAAACUGAUUAUUCCCAACUAUCUAUCUGACUCCACCUAACAAUUCCUCUCACUCUCUCACAAUACAACUUUACCAACCCACACCUAAACCUCCCUCUUCCUUUUUCAACUCCCAAACCUCAACUCAACUGAACUCAACUUUCAACUGACUUUCAAAACCUCCCACUCUUUUAUUCCCCCCUUGCAUUCUCACUGGCCAAUCACAUCACACCUAUUUUAACCCUUUCCUUAUGACCCAUCCUAGGAGGCAAACACCACAGGGACCAUAUGAAAUGUCAUAGAAUUUGGUGCCAACUUCAGUGGGAGUUGGAAAAUAGACAACAUCAGGGAGCCCCUUUAUUCAUUUCCUCUUAGGCGAUGGCAUCUUUUGACCCAAGCCAGUAUAAUUGAGUACGAGAGUUCAUUUUUAUUAGUCAUUUAAUUCUCCCCAUGAAACUAUUUUCUUCAGCGAUAUCCAAACCUAUUUCCAUAAUCAUUUGCUGUACAGUCACAGAUAGGUAGUUUUCCCUUUUGCUGCUGGAUCUCUUGAGAAAAAGCAAAGGACAGCCAAAGAGCAUAAACAUGUAGGCAGAGCAUUCACAACCUUGCAAUGGAAGGGGCAGAGCUGGCCUGUAGCUUCUCCAGGCUUAAAUGGCUGUUGGUUUGGUCACUUCUGGGUUUGAUUCACCCAUGCUAGAUGAGGAGCAUCUGGGCAUGUAGGAGACCAUCAAUCUUCCAUCACAGAUCAGAGCUGGUUUCUGGAACUCUGUGCAGGGCAGGAGAUAUCAAGAAUAGGAAACAAACACCCAGACCACGUUUCUUCCGUGGUUCAGAAAAAUCCACUUGGGCAAAGCUACAGCUUCACUUUGACCCAGCUUGUGCUUUAGAUUUUUCUAUCCAGGCCAGGUUCUAAAACAGGCAUAGGCAAACUCAGUCCUCCAGAUGUUUUGAGACUACAACUCCCAUCAUCCCUAGCUAACAGGACCAGUGGUCAGGGAUGAUGGGAAUUGUAGUCUCAAAACAUCUGGAGGCCUGAGUUUGCCUAUGCUUGUUCUAAAACAUCAGUGUGGAGACCUGUUUGUUUUCUCCCAGCCUCAUUAUGUGAUCCUUAAAGUUAGGGCUGAGGCGCCUGUGGCCUUCUGUAUAUAUUAAUUCCCAUCAGCUUUAGGGAACAUGUCCAAUGGCCAGGGGUGAUGACAGGUCUAGCCCAACAACUUUUGAAGACCACAGCUGCUCCCUCCCUGCCCAAUGAGUCAAAACUUGUUAAAAGCUGAGUACACUUCCACGACCGUGCAUGUUCAACAGAGAUGCCAUAUUCAGAAUGAUCUGAUGAAAAGAGCCCCAGUAUUAACUGGGGAGCAAUCUUACAUUAGCCAGGACAAGUAUAGUGUGAAAGAUCCUGGACACUAUUGUUAUUUUGGGUUCUUUCCCUUUAAAUUUUUGCAAAAUAAUUACAAAUAAAUCCAUAGAUAGAACGAUUAUAUACACAUAUAAAUUUAUGGAAGCAACCAAAUAUUUCAUCUUAGUUUGUAGAGAAUAUGGUGCAUUGGUGCAGAAAACCUCAAGAAAAGGGUUGUUACAUUGAUAUUUCUAUUAUUUAAAAUUUAUAGACCACUCUUAUAAGAACGAAGUUGCCUAUAUUUUACCACAUUGUACUAUGACCUUUUAUAUGUCUCAAAAUAAAAAAAUGGGAAUUCUUUCAUCUUGUACUUAAUUAAAAAUAAAUAAAAUCCUUUUUGCAAUGAA